AAAAUGAGUCCCUUAGCAAUUUUCUUCCUCUUCUUAAUCCACUCAUCGUUAGCAGCAAAUACCAAUAUUUACAAUGUCCAAAAUUAUGGAGCAAAAUCCGAUGGAAAAACUGAUUCAUCAAAAGCCUUUUUGAGUGCAUGGGCAGCAGCAUGUGCUUCUAAUACCCCCGCCACUAUUAAUGUGCCAAGUGGAAAAUACUUGAUUCACAAUGCAAACUUCAAUGGACAAACAUGCAAGAGCAAGGCUAUUACUAUACACAUUGAUGGGACUCUCUUAGCUCCCUCUGAUUAUAAUGUGAUUGGCAAUGAUGAAAAUUGGAUAAAAUUUGAAAAAGUCAAUGGCGUUUCCAUCUAUGGUGGAACCUUUGAUGGUCAAGGUGCUGCUCUUUGGGCUUGCAAGAACUCCAACAGCAAGAAUUGCCCUGAUGGGACUACGGUUCGUUAA